AUGUCGUCACCAAGUGCUGGAAAACGACGCAUGGACACUGAUGUUAUAAAAUUGAUUGAAAGUAAGCAUGAGGUAACAAUUUUAGGUGGUCUUAAUGAAUUUUCCGUAAAAUUCUAUGGCCCUCGCGGGAACCCACUUAACGGCGAUGCAGCCGCGAUGUACCUACACAAGCCCGACGAGUAUAAAAAGAAAGUGGCGGAUUAUGUUAGGAAGUAUGCUACAGAAGAAGCAUUAAGAGAUCAAGAAAAUGCUGGUAAUGGCAAUGGAGUGUCAUCUGAAAGCGAAUCUUCGAUGAGUGAUUUUAGUGAAGAUGAAGCUCAGGAUAUGGAGUUGUAA